AUGGGCUUGGAGCUAUGGUUGCUCCUCCUUGUAUCCUUUGCCACGGUUGCUGUAAUGAUUGCGUUUUUUGCUUUAAUAUUCCUCUAUCUUUCUACUAAUCCCUAUCCAGAUAUUGAGAGAGAACUUUCAGAAAAAUUAUUUUAUGAUCCAAAAACUGCAGAAUACUUGAAAUUCCCAUAUGGUCUUAGUCAAAGACCUGAAGUUGAGCUGUCUGUAAUAAUACCUGCCUACAAUGAAUCACAAAGGCUUCCAAAAAUGUUGGAUGAAGCUCUUGCUUACUUAACUUCACGUGUAAUGUCUCAAUCGAAAUUUACUUAUGAAGUUAUCAUUGUCGAUGAUGGAAGUAUUGAUGAUACUUACCAGGUUGCUCUUUCGUAUUCAGAAAAGAAUACUUCUAACGUUGUCCGUGUUUUAAAACUCACGCGUAAUCGAGGAAAGGGGGCUGCUGUUCGGUUUGGCAUGCUCUCAGCCCGAGGGAAAUUUUUAUUAUUUGCCGAUGCGGACGGUGCAACUCGUUUUCGUGAUAUUGAAUCAUUAGAGAAACAAAUGGCUCGUAUGAUUUCAUCAAAAUGGGAUGGAGGAAUGGCAGUGAUAUGCGGUUCUCGAGCACAUCUCCAGAAAGAGGCGACAGCGAAGCGAAAUCCCCUUCGUAAUCUUCUGAUGCAUGGCUUCCAUUUCGCUGUUUGGCUCUUAUGUGUUCGUGGAGUUAAGGACACUCAGUGUGGAUUCAAACUAUUUAGUCGUCGAGCCGCUCGUUUACUUUUUAGAAAUCAGCACGUUGAAAGAUGGGCGUUUGAUGUAGAUCUUCUCUAUCUUGCUCAACAUCUUUCCGUGGAAAUUUGUGAGGUUCCCGUCAAUUGGCAGGAAAUCGAGGGCUCAAAGAUUGUUCCAAUUUUCUCCUGGCUCCAGAUGGCUAAGGACCUAAUACUUAUUCGGCUGCGCUACGCCCUCGGAGCCUGGAAAAUCGAACAGUCGCAUCAUCUUGAAUGA